GUAUGUGUGCCGGAGAACGACAAUCUGUGUGCUUGAAAACUCAGGAUGACGUCCCCUCCCGCUUCGCCAUCCACUUUCACUUUUCCUCUCCGCACUGGGCAGCCCGAAGCGGCGGCGGAUAAGUGGCGAGUUCUUCCCGGGGUCCCGCCUCGCUUCUUUUGCUCCGAACUGUCCAGGCAGGCUGCAGGCGGCGGACAGCGGUAAGGAGGGAAUGGGCGGAGAGCCGAGAGAGUUGCCUUCCUCUCCCUUGCUGGACCGGCGCCGGUUCCCCAGGUCUUCGAGGUACAUUUGACUGGGGAGAGCACAAUGUCACACACUCCCCGCUGCAAACUAGUUGACUAUUUGGAAGAGCUGAAUGAUGAGGAAUUUAAGAAAUUUAAGAUGCACCUUGAGGACUACCCAGUGGAGAAGGGCUAUAAGCCCAUUCGCCGCUCCAAGACUGAGAAAGCUGCCCACAUUGAAAUAGCCCGAUACAUGAUUGAGGCGUUUGAUGAUGCCAAGGCCUUGAAGAUGACUGUCAGCAUUCUAGACAGAAGAAAUAAAAAGGAUUUGGCAGCAAGAAUCCGAAAGGAAAUGCUGGAAUAUUUAUUUCCAAAGCCACCUACCAUGACCAAGAAAGAAAAAAAAGAACGAGAAAAGACAAUACAGUCAAAUCUACGUGACAAGUUUUUGGGCAUCCGAAAGAAAGUGGAAGUGAUCUUGGAUCCCAAGACAGCUUAUCCUGCCCUCAUCCUUUCAGAAGAUCGGAAAACAGUACAUAUGGGGGAGCAAACCAAGGUCCUUCUUGACAACCCUGAGUGCUUCCGGUUUUUACCAGGUGUCCUGGGAGCAGAAGGUAUUGAGUCUGGGACUCUAGAAUGGGUGGUGGAAGUGGGAAAGGCCAAAGAGUGGGCCAUUGGGAUUGCCCGGGAAUCAGUAGAAAGAACAUAUUCAGAAGAUAUUACCAUUACUCAAGGAUUCUGGGUACUGCAAUUAGCACAAGGAGAAUACCAAGCAUCUACAAGCCCUCCAAUCAAACUUACACUUUGGAAAUCACCAGAACGUAUCUUAGUUAUCCUGGAGCAUGAUUUUGAUAGGCUUAUCUUUUAUAAUGCUGACUCAAUGGCUCAUAUCUUUACUUUUAAUUAUCCAUUUUGUGAGAAAGUGUUCCCUUUUCUCCUAGUGAGGGACAAAGAAAAUCCCUUGAAAAUCUCUCCAAGAACUUCAGUGUGACAAGACAUGGAGAGAAAAAGGAGAAUGAGUUUUUGAAUCAUUUGUUUAUUUACUCUGGAGGAAUUUCUUUUUGGAUUAGUUUAGUGUUUUAUUAAUCUUUGAUUCAUUUCUCUUUGCCUGAAAUGUUUUUGAACUUUCAAUCUAUAUCUUAAUAAAGAAUAUGUAGAUAGAUAGUAGAGAGAUAUAGCUUUUUGUUUAAAUGCUUAUAUAUUUUAACUUUCUAUUGCUGUUUUCUCAUUAUAUAUAAACUGCAUAGUUUAUAUAAUGUUUAAUGUAAAUUAUACUGAUGAUAUUGUUGUAAGCAUCUCUCUGAUUUUAAAAUAUGAAACAAAAAUAUAUGCAGCUCAGGAUUUAAUAUUUUAGUUGCUGUCUGAACUUGGUUAUUGUUUAGCCAGAAUAGGCUAAUCAUGUUUUGAGGGUAGAAAUAGACAUCUGCCUUUACUGACAAAAAAGAAGAAGAUAUUUUGUUUUCAAAAUUAAGCUUGUUGAGGUGACCAGGACACAAUCUCAUAUUCACAUGUUGUUAGAUUUAACACAGGUUUUCAUCCAAAAUAAUGAUUUAUAUGAUGCCUUUAAAAAAUUAU